AUGGGUUUCUCGUCUCUGCCUCUGUACUGCAAGACCACUUUAAUUUUGCUUCCGCCCCGCCCCGUCCCACCACUCCUCCCCGCCCCGUCCAACCCUAACCAGAUCCACACCACCUCCUCCGCCGCCCCCGCCCCCGCCCCCACCACCUCCUCCGCCGCGCGGAAGCUCCCCAUCAAGCGCCGCUCCCCGCCGCGGCCACCACCUCCCCGCCCUCCUCCUCCGGCCCGGCCUCCUCCGGCGCCAACCCCGCCUUCAAGUUCCAGCGCAUCUGGUCCGAGACCGACGAGCUGCGCUUCCUGCAGGGCCUGCUCGGCUGCGGCGCGCGGGGGCCAGGGCCUGCUCGGCUGCCGCCUCGGGAACAAGCACCGCGCCGUCGCCGCCCGCGUCGCCAAGGGGCUCGACCCGGCCCGCCUCGCGCCGCACGACCGCGACGUGCUCCACCUCUGCUCCCGGCUCUGGGACCCCGCCUACGCCGCCGCCGCCCUCGUCCGCCGCAUCCCCCGUCGCCGCUUUAUCUAA